AUGCGUGAUACGGCGUCGGCACGGGAAGGCAGCAGAUUACGAGAGAGCGCGCCGCCCGACGCGCGGUGCCGCGUUAACGCGUCAUGUUUUGAGCAAAAAUUUAGAUGUGCACGUACAAAGUCUCAAGCUAUUGUUGUAAAUGUGCUGUCAACUAUGGCAACCGAAGAUUUAAAAGAGCAUUUACGCAAAGCCCACUGUAUAACUUUACUAACAGAUGCUUCAAACCAUGGCUCAGUCAAAUUAUUUCCAGUGUUGAUUCGCUAUUUUUUACCAUGCGAAGGCGUGAAAGUCAAGGUUUUAGAGUUUCGGGAACAGCCAGGUGAAACAUCGGAUAUUAUUGUUAAUUAUUUGAAGGAAGUAUUGUCUUUCAAUGACUUGAAUAAAAAAAUUGUUGCGUUUUGUGGAGACAACACGAACUGCAACUUCGGGGGAAAGAAUAGGAAAGGAAGCAAUAAUGUUUACUCAAAAUUGAACGAAUCACUCGGCAGACAGCUUAUUGGAAUUGGAUGUGGAGCCCACAUAGUCCACAACGCGAUCAAAACUGCCGCUGAUUGUCUUCCUCUUGACUUCGAAUGCAUUAUAGUGAAAAUUUACUCAUUUUUCUACAUCUAA